CUUUCUCUCUCUCUAGAUUUCUCUUCCAAUCAGAUCACACCAAAAUUUCCUCUCUUUCUCUCUCUCUCUGUCUCUCUAAAAAGCUUUCACCUUGGUGGAGUUUGAGCUGCUCUUGAGCUGAGCUGCUGCUGUUAAUGGAGCUUUACCACUCGGAAAAUUAAAGCGUUCAAAAGGUACGGUUCGUUGGCGUGUCAGCUCAAUGUGGGUGCUUCCCAGCUCGAUCCGUUGAUCCCCUCAUUGUACAAACCGUGUGGAAUGCCCUGAAGCCUUGUCCAUUACCUUCACUAUGGUAUUCAGAAUUGCCGGAUUAUAUAUGAAAUGAGUCAAAUGAAAAUAUCAAGGCCAAAACCUCCUCUCGUUCCCCUUGGGACAUUGAUUGGUCAUGAACUUAGGAGUGGGAAGGUGGAGAAGCCUCAUGUGAAGUAUGGACAAGCUGCUUUGGCCAAAAAGGGAGAAGAUUACUUUCUGAUAAAGCCUGAUUGUCAAAGGAUUCCUGGGGACCCAUCAACGUCAUUCUCGGUUUUUGCGAUAUUUGACGGACAUAAUGGUAUAUCAGCAGCUAUCUUUGCGAAAGAGAACCUACUGGAUAAUGUUUUGAGUGCAAUUCCUCCAGCAGUGAGCAGGGACGAGUGGCUUCAAGCCCUACCCCGGGCACUUGUUGCGGGUUUUGUCAAGACCGACAUAGAAUUUCAGCAGAAAGGGGAAACUUCAGGAACAACGGUGACAUUUGUUGUCAUUGAUGGGUGGACAAUAACUGUUGCAUCGGUUGGGGAUUCACGAUGCAUAUUGGAUACACAAGGGGGUGUGGUUUCUCUCUUGACUGUUGAUCACAGGCUGGAAGAAAAUGUGGAAGAGAGGGAACGUGUCACUGCAAGUGGUGGUGAAGUGGGAAGGCUUAAUAUCUUUGGCGGAAAUGAGGUUGGCCCCCUGCGCUGUUGGCCUGGAGGAUUAUGCCUUUCGAGGUCAAUUGGCGACACAGAUGUAGGAGAAUUCAUUGUCCCAAUUCCACAUGUUAAACAAGUGAAGCUUUCUAAUGCUGGGGGAAGACUUAUAAUUGCUUCUGACGGUAUCUGGGACGCCUUAUCAUCUGAUUUAGCUGCCAAGUCUUGUCGGGGCUUAUCUGCUGUUCUUGCUGCUAAGCUGGUUGUCAAGGAGGCACUACGGUCAAGAGGCCUCAAGGAUGACACAACCUGCUUGGUGGUUGAUAUCAUCCCAUCUGACAACCCUAUUUUACCUCCGACACCAAAGAAGAAGCAAAGCUUUCUCGGCUCGCUUUUCUUUACCAAAAAGUCACAGAAUGGUACGAACAAAGCUACAAGUAAGCUAUCUGCUGUUGGGGCUGUAGAGGAAUUAUUUGAAGAGGGUUCCGCUAUGCUCGAUGAGAGGCUGGGUAAGAAUUUUCCUCCCAACCAGAACUCAGGUUCAUACAGAUGUGCUGUUUGCCAAGUCAACCAACCUCCUGCUGACAAUGUAACGGCAAAUUCCGGGCCUUUAUUCUUGCCUGCAUCACAGCCGUGGGAGGGCCCCUACCUCUGCCCUACUUGUCAGAAGAAGAAAGAUGCAAUGGAAGGGAAAAAAGCGAGCAAGCCUGCCACGGCAGCAGCUUAGAGAAUUUGUCUGGUGAUAUAUAGUUAAUAAAUAUUCAUAUCGAUUCUUUUUCUCUGGCAGUGUGAGCAGCAUCAUUCGGUUUUUCUUUUCUCAAAUGGGUGAUUGCAAUAGAAGUGUGUGAGGAAAUAUGAGACAGGAAAACGAAGGAAGAAAGGUGUUUCCGGAGAUAUUGCUAAAGAGUUCGUGUUUGAUGACAUAUUACUGCUACUACAGCUACUAGUAGUUUGUGCUCAGCUGUUAGACCCGACUAACUGAGAAGACUCAUCCGCAUCCGGUGAACUAUCGUUUCCUAUAGUUUGCUUGCUAACAGCUUGAAUUUGUAAAGCAAGACGAACAGUUCGUCCAUAUAUUGAGAUGUCCAAAAUGAAUUUUGUGUGUCAUGUUAUACUAGAAAAGCACACGGGCAGUCCUUUCCUCCC